AUGGCACGUCGCUCCAUUGACUACAUACCUCACCAUUAUCGAAGCCUGGGACAGCGAUGCGAGCCGAAAUCCGUCUCCUUCUACCACAUAUUGAACAAAGCCGAACUCUGGUUUGGCUCAUACAGCUCCGAGAAACAGCGGGAGCUAUCUCUGGAAGAAAUCGCCAGACAUUAUAGCUCGUAUCCAAUGGAGAGAUCUACCCUGAGAUCCCCACCGGCACCCAGCUCACGAUCGCCCCAGACGACGUCGAUGCUCCAGUGUUCAUCCGAAGCCCCGGUCUCAACUGCUGCGAGUCGAUUAAGGGAAGAGAAAUCCAUCCUCGGUGAGGCCUUGAUCGUGGAAAAGGUCUCCAAGAGUCCACAUCCGUAUAUCAUCUAGUACCAUGGUCGCCGAACCAUACGCGACUGCAUCACCUGACUUGUCCUCAAGUCAUAUGACCAUAUGC